AUGAAUAAAUUUUCAUUAGUCUUGCUACUUAUUGUCUUCGCAAGCUCUUCUGAUUUGGAAAAUUAGAUUUCUUUAGGAAGAGGUACUCUUUUAACUAACAAGAAUAGAGUUAAAAUUCUAAGAAGCAAUACAUCUGAGUCCAAAUCGGUUCACAUGUGAAAUGGAUCCGAAAUUUUAUGACUUUAUUAUAAUGGAACUAUCAAAAUGGUCAGAUAUUAUUGAUAGAAAGCCACAACUAAUGAAGGAUUUAACAGUUAUUGAAUAAAUAAUUAAAUUAGUAGAUAAAGCUAAAUAUAUAGAUGCUGCAUAAUAAGGUACACUAAUUUAACUUAAGUAGAAAUGUUUAUUUAAAUAACUCAAAGUCUUUCAGCUUCUAUAAGAGAGAUUUCAAUGGCUGAAAUAAAAAAUCAAUGGGCGUAAUUUAACAUUGAUGAGGUCUUACAAUAGAUGAAAAAAUUAUCAGCAUUAACAAAUGUUUAGGAAAAAAGCUUGAUGGGAGAUUAAAUAGUGGGUCAAUUAUAGAUCAUGGAGAAAUAAAUAAACAUCUACUUAAAUGAAUGUUAAGGCUAUUCAAGCAGCGCUGAACUUUAAGAAAAAGUAUAACAACUAAAAAAUUAAAAAAAUAAAUGUGGGUGGUCAUAUGACAAUGAAUUUUAAGGUUCGACCAGAUUGCCACCAGGAAGAUCAGAUUAGCCAGAAUCCUCUGAUCCUUAGCAUGAUACACAAUCAGUUCAUUAGUAAGCUGCUAAUCAAGACAAACCAUUUUAAUCAAAUCCAAAUUAUGAAGGAAAUUAAAAGGAAAAUAAAUAAUAGUCAACUAGAUUACCACCAGGAAGAUCUGAUUAGCCAGAAUCUACAGACCCUAAGCAUGAUACUUAAUCAGUUCAUCAAUAAGCUGCUAAUCAAGAUUAACCAUAUUAAGCAAAUCCAAAUUAUGAGGGAAGUCAAAAGGAAAAUAAGUAAUAGUCAACAAGAUUACCACCAGGCAGAUCAGAUCAACUAGAAUCCUCUGAUCCUAAGCAUGAUACUUAAUCAGUUCAUUAAUAAGCUGCUAAUCAAGAUAAACCAUUUUAAUCAAAUCCAAAUUACGAAGGAAGUCAAAAGGAAAAUAAAUAAUAAUCAACAAGGUUACCACCAGGUAGAUCAGAUUAACCAGAAUCUUCAAAUCCAUAGCAUGACACUUAAUCAGUUCAUUAAUAAGCUGCUAAUCAAGAUAAACCAUUCUAAUCAAAUCCAAAUUACGAAGGAAGUCAAAAGGAAAAUAAAUAAUAAUCAACUAGAUUGCCACCCGGAAGAUCUGAUUAGCCAGAAUCUUCAGAUCCUAAACAUGAUACUUAAUCAGUUCAUCAAUAAGCUGCCAAUUAAGACAAACCAUUCUAAUCAAAUCCAAAUUAUGAAGGAAGUUAAAAAGAAAAUAAAUAACAAUCAACUAGAUUACCACCAGGAAGAUCUGAUCAACCAGAAUCUUCAGACCCUAAGCAUGAUACUUAAUCAGUUCAUUAAUAAGCUGCUAAUUAAGAUUAACCAUUUUAAGCAAAUCCAAAUUAUGAAGGAAGUCCAAAGGAAAAUAAAUAACAAUCAACUAGACUGCCACCAGGAAGAUCUGAUCAACCAGAAUCCUCUGAUCCUAAGCAUGAUACUUAAUCAGUUCAUCAAUAAGCUGCUAAUCAAGAUUAACCAUAUUAAGCAAAUCCAAAUUAUGAGGGAAGUCAAAAGGAAAAUAAGUAAUAGUCAACAAGAUUACCACCAGGCAGAUCAGAUCAACUAGAAUCCUCUGAUCCUAAGCAUGAUACUUAAUCAGUUCAUUAAUAAGCUGCUAAUCAAGAUAAACCAUUUUAAUCAAAUCCAAAUUACGAAGGAAGUCAAAAGGAAAAUAAAUAAUAAUCAACAAGGUUACCACCAGGUAGAUCAGAUUAACCAGAAUCUUCAAAUCCAUAGCAUGACACUUAAUCAGUUCAUUAAUAAGCUGCUAAUCAAGAUAAACCAUUCUAAUCAAAUCCAAAUUACGAAGGAAGUCAAAAGGAAAAUAAAUAAUAAUCAACUAGAUUGCCACCCGGAAGAUCUGAUUAGCCAGAAUCUUCAGAUCCUAAACAUGAUACUUAAUCAGUUCAUCAAUAAGCUGCCAAUUAAGACAAACCAUUCUAAUCAAAUCCAAAUUAUGAAGGAAGUUAAAAAGAAAAUAAAUAACAAUCAACUAGAUUACCACCAGGAAGAUCUGAUCAACCAGAAUCUUCAGACCCUAAGCAUGAUACUUAAUCAGUUCAUUAAUAAGCUGCUAAUUAAGAUUAACCAUUUUAAGCAAAUCCAAAUUAUGAAGGAAGUCCAAAGGAAAAUAAAUAACAAUCAACUAGACUGCCACCAGGAAGAUCUGAUCAACCAGAAUCCUCUGAUCCUAAGCAUGAUACUUAAUCAGUUCAUCAAUAAGCUGCUAAUCAAGAUUAACCAUAUUAAGCAAAUCCAAAUUAUGAGGGAAGUCAAAAGGAAAAUAAGUAAUAGUCAACAAGAUUACCACCAGGCAGAUCAGAUCAACCAGAAUCCUCUGAUCCUAAGCAUGAUACUUAAUCAGUUCAUNAGGUAAUCUUCAUAAAAAAUUGUAGAAUUCGUAUUAAAUUUGUUAAUUUUCUAAUUUAAGUAAUAUAAUACAGAUUAUUUAGAGAAUUCUAAAUCUAAAAAAUAUUGUCAGAACCUUAAAUAAGGAAAUAGUCUUACUAUUUAUGUGUAUAUUAGAUCGAUAUGAAAAUCUAAGCCCAAUAAAAAUUUUAUUCUUAAUUUACUAAAUUAAUAAACUUCUAUAGAGCUUAAAGUCUUUCUAGCAAGUAAUAUUGA